GCGGCCGGCGGCCGUGGAAGCCCGAGGUCUCGCUGCGCGCAGUAUAUGACAGUACGUCAGCAGCGGGAUGGCCGUAGCUGUGGCGGCGGCUGCAGGAGCCCGAGCAGCCGCGGCCGCAGUGGAGGCUGAAGCCCGAGCGGCGUCCGCGGUGGCACCCCGGGGAGUUUAAGAUGGCGGCGGGGGGGGCAGCGGGCCUGCGGGAGGAGCAGCGCUACGGGCUGGCGUGCGGGCGGCUGGGGCAGGACAACAUCACAGUGCUGCAUGUGAAGCUCACCGAGACGGCGAUCCGGGCGCUGGAGACGUACCAGAGCCACAAGAAUUUAAUUCCUUUUCGACCUUCGAUUCAGUUUCAAGGACUCCAAGGGCUUGUCAAAAUUCCCAAAAAUGAUCCCCUCAAUGAAGUACAUAACUUUAACUUUUAUUUGUCGAAUGUGGGCAAAGAUAACCCCCAGGGCAGCUUUGACUGCAUCCAGCAAACAUUCUCCAGCUCUGGAGCCUCCCAGCUCAAUUGCCUGGGAUUUAUACAAGAUAAAAUUACAGUAUGUGCAACAAACGACUCAUAUCAGAUGACACGAGAAAGAAUGACCCAGGCAGAAGAGGAAUCCCGCAAUCGAAGCACAAAAGUUAUCAAACCCGGUGGACCAUAUGUAGGGAAAAGAGUGCAAAUUCGGAAAGCACCUCAAGCCAUCUUAGAUGCAGUGCCUGAAAGGAAAAGGUCAACCCCCAUGAACCCUGCAAACACAAUUCGAAAGACACACAGCAGCAGCAGUGUUUCUCAGAGGCCAUAUAGGGACAGGGUCAUUCACUUACUGGCGCUAAAGGCCUACAAGAAACCUGAGCUGCUUGCUCGACUGCAGAAAGAUGGUGUCAAUCAAAAAGACAAGAACUCCUUGGGAGCAAUUCUGCAACAGGUGGCCAAUCUGAAUCCUAAGGACCUCUCCUAUACUUUAAAGGAUUAUGUAUUUAAGGAGGUUCAACGUGACUGGCCAGGAUACAAUGAAACAGAUAGAAGGUCACUGGAGUCGGUGCUCUCUAGAAAACUAAAUCCAUCUCAGAACACUGCUGGCACUAGCUGUUCAGAAUCCCCCAUGUGCUCCAGCAGAGAUGCUACAUCUUCUCCUCAGAAACGACCUUUGGACUCAGAUUUCAUUGAUCCCUUAAUGAAUAAAAAGGCUCGAAUCUCUCACCUGACAAAUAGAGUACCACCAACAUUAAAUGGUCAUUUGAAUCCCACCAGUGAAAAAUCUGCUGCAGGCCUCCUGCCACCCCCUGCAGCUGCUGCCACCCUUACCCCCUCACCGCUGCCUUCAACCCACCUGCCUGUCUCAAAUCCUCCUCAGACUGUAAAUUCCAACUCCAAUUCCCCUAGCACUCCAGAAGGCCGGGGGACUCAAGACCUACCUGUUGACAGUUUUAGUCAAAAUGGUAGCAUCUUUGAGGACCAGCAAGACAAAUAUACCUCUAGGACUUCUUUGGAAACAUUACCCCCUGGGUCAGUUCUAAUAAAGUGUCCAAAACCUAUGGAAGAAAACCAUUCAGUGUCUCACAAAAAGCCCAAAAAGAAGUCUAAAAAACACAAGGAAAAGGACCAAAUAAAAAAGCAUGACAUUGAGACUAUUGAGGAAAAGGAGGAAGACCUUCAAAGAGAAGAAAUUGCCAAGCUGAAUAACUCCAGUCCAAAUUCCAAUGAAGGAGUUAAAGAAGGUUGCACUGCCUCCAUGGAGCCUUCUUCAACCAUUGAACUCCCAGAUUAUUUGCUAAAAUAUAUUGCUAUCGUCUCCUAUGAGCAACGCCAGAAUUACAAGGAUGACUUCAAUGCUGAGUAUGACGAAUACCGGGCUUUGCAUGCGAGGAUGGAGACUGUAGCUAGGAGAUUUAUCAAACUGGAUGCACAACGAAAGCGCCUUUCUCCAGGCUCAAAAGAGUACCAGAAUGUUCAUGAAGAAGUCUUGCAAGAGUAUCAGAAGAUCAAGCAGUCUAGUCCCAAUUACCAUGAAGAAAAAUACAGAUGCGAGUAUCUUCAUAACAAGCUGGCUCACAUCAAAAGACUAAUAGGUGAAUUUGACCAACAGCAAGCAGAGUCAUGGCACUAGAACUCUGCUUGGACCAGAAGAUGUGAAUAAACUUAAGCUUAUUUAUUUAAAAUUCCAAAUGAGUUGCUCUAGAAUCUAAAAAGAUGAAACUUUGCCUGUUGAAAGUUUCAGUAUUAGUAAACUUGAGUUACUUUUUUUCCUUCCAUUUUACUUUGCUUUCCUGCAUUUUGAAGCUGCUUUUUUUCUGGUCCUUCCCCCGCCCCACCUCCUCAAGACUUGUUUGUUAAUAGAAACAAUUUUUUAGAUAUUGGGGAUCCAGUGUCUAUACUUCAAAUCAGCUUUUCCUUGCAAACUUGUGUUUGUCAUUAGAAAUGAUUUUUUUUAGGUAUGGGGAUGCAAUAUCCACACUUAAAAGUUGUGUGUAUUUAAAAAACAAAAACAAAAAAAAAAAAAGCCAAUAACAAAACAGUAAUGUGCAAGAUGAAUUGCUUUUGGAUAAACAUAAGCCUAUUUUCUGAUCUUUCUUAAUGCGAACUCUUUGCCUUAAAUGGUAGACUAUUUAGAUAUUUGCACAAAAUACAAAAAAAAUCAAAACAUUGUUUUGGAGGGUUCAAAAAUAGAAAGUUGUGUGAGUAUAUGUGUUCAUUUUUAUGCACAUACAUAUAUAUAUAUAUAUACAGGGCGACUUGCUCUAGAAUAUUAAAUGUGCCCUGCAAGUUAAACCCCCAUUGCAAUGGUUGCCUUAAGGUGUUUGCUAGUUGUAUACAUGGUGUGGUUCAUCAUUAGCUGCACUGCUUCCCAGUGAUCACAGCAACGGGAGGCACACUGUGGCCUACCAGCGUCUGAAAACAUGUGUUCAACUUGUAUGUCUGCGGAACUCAUGUGGAUGUGAGCGUGCAUGAAGGUAAAAGCUGCUACUCCCAGUAGGCCAGACGCUCAGGUUAAACAACUGAUGAGUGUUACUGUAGGUUUGUUUUUGUUUCUGUUUUUCCUGUCAAGUUUCUACUUCUAUUGUGGAAGACAAAAGCAUUUCCAUUUCAACAGUUUGUCAGCUUUAUUAAUGUUGGGCAAAAAUUUAGAUGUUAUAAAAAUGAAACAGAUCUAUAGUUUUGGGGCAAAAUUAUAAAGUUAAAUGUGUAGGUAACCUAUUUAUAUACUGCUAUAAAGUAUUUUUUGAAGAGAGAUAUGCAAAGAAGCUAUUACCUACAUGAGAUGUAUAUUUAAAGAUUUUUUUUUCAUCCUGGAUACCAGGAAUAUAAAAAAGAGUGAAUAUAUUUAACCAUAACAUACUGUGAUUCAUCAAACAGCACAAACUUUCAUUUCAUGGAGUUUAUCUGUUGACGUUGAUUUAAACUAUCACUUGUUUUAUCAUGUGGGAACGUAAGUUAUGUGGUCAAAAAUACAAGGAUUUUGAACUAAU